GCCGAGCGCCUCAGCAGUGGGCUAGGUUGGCCGGCCCGGAGCGGGGAAGAGCAGCCCGGCUAUGAACCUGCACCAGGUGCUGACGGGGGCUGUCAACCCCGGGGACAACUGCUUCUCCGUGGGUAACGUCGGCGGGCAUCCCUUCACGGCAUAUGCAUCAGGAUGUGAUAUUGUGAUACUGGGGACUGAUUUUGAAAGAUUACAAAUAAUCCCUGGAGCAAAACAUGGAAAUAUACAAGUGGGGUGUGUAGAUUGCUCUAUGCAGCAAGGGAAGAUUGCAGCUUCUUAUGGGAAUUUGAUUUGUAUCUUUGAACCAGUUCAACACAUAAAACAGAAGAAUAAUCAUACUGGAUUACAUUUUCAGUGGCAGAAGUCAGAUCAAAUUUUACUGGAAGAUGUAGUGCAUAACAUAACAUGGGACCCUACAGGUACUCGUCUAUUGACUGGUUCCAGUUGUCUACAGCUUUGGUCCAAUGGCAAUUUAGAAAGUGUGUCAGAAGAUGAAAAUCCUGGAAAAGCAGACACUCGGAAUUGGAGAAUCAUUUGGCAGUGCAAAACUGCUUCUGAGGUUCACCUAAUGAAGUUUUCACCAGAUGGAGAAUUUUUUGCUACUGCAGGGAAGGAUGAUUGUCUUGUAAAGGUGUGGUAUAAUACUGAUAGUUGGAAAUCAGUGGUUGCAUCUCAAGUUACAACACCAGAAACAACCAUACAGGAAGUGGGUUUCUCAUUUGUUUACUUGGUUCAUCCUCGGUCUGUGAAUGGAUUUUCAUGGCGAAAGACAAGCAACUACAUGCCACGUGGUGCUGUAUGUAAUGUACUGUUGACAUGCUGCAAAGAUAAUAUAUGCCGUCUCUGGGCAGAGACUUUGUUGCCCAACGAUAGUUUGCUGUAUGGAGGUGGAUACAGCCAUUUGCCUGAACCAGUGAAAUUAACAAAUAACUUUAAGAGGAAUGCUUCUAGCAAAGAAAGCAUGAAAAAUGCUUUAGAGUUAAAUCUAAAACCCUUUCGACGGGGAAGAAGAAGAUCAAUAGCUCUUGCACAUACUGGAUACUUGCCACAUCAGCAAGAUCCUCAUGAAGUUCAUCGAAACACUCCACUGCAAUCAAAUGCACUUUGCCACUUUCAUAUUGCUGCCAGCAUCAAUCCAGCCACAGAUAUUCCUUUGCUCCCUUCCAUCAUGUCUCUGAGUCUUAAUGAAAGUGAAGAAAAAAGUGGACCUUUCGUAGUGCACUGGCUAAAUAAUAAAGAAUUACAUUUUACUCUAUCAAUGGAAGUGUUUUUACAACAGCUUAAAAAGAGCUUUGAGCAUAUUUCUUCAGAGGCCAGCACUGAAGAAUCGAAUCAGAUGGAUAUAAAAUCUGAUGGAGAAACUGAUGACAAUAGAGAAGACCAGAAAGGAAAUCAAGAACAGAGAGAACUUACUGAUGAAAAACCCAUUCCAAAUGCAAGCUGUGUUCCCUUAUCUUCUGCUGUUCUUGAUCAUGAGAUUGAAGUACAGCUGUCUGAAUGGAAUAAAAAUGCAGAUAUGUUAUUUAGUAUUCAUCCUAUGGAUGGGUCAUUGCUAGUAUGGCAUGUUGAUUGGCUCGAUGAAUACCAGCCAGGCAUGUUUCGCCAAGUCCAGGUGUCAUUUGUUUCAAGAAUCCCUGUAGCCUUUCCUACUGGUGAUGCAAAUUCGCUUUGCAGAAGUAUAGUGAUGUAUGCUUGUACCAAGAACGUUGAACUUGCUCUUCAACAAGGCAAACAGAAACCAUCUAGCCUUGGGCAUUCCUGCUCUAUGUUAAUCUCUUCAGGCCAUAAUAAAUCAUCCAACAGCUUAAAAUUAAGCAUCUUCACUCCAAAUGUUAUGAUGAUUUCCAAACAUGCAGAUGGAUCUCUAAACCAAUGGCUAGUCAGUUUUGCAGAGGAAUCUGCUUUUUCCAUUGUACUCAGUAUUUCCCACAAGUCACGAUAUUGUGGGCAUCGUUUCCAUCUUAAUGACUUGGCUUGCCAUUCAGUACUUCCGUUGCUGCUUACAACCUCUCAUCAUAAUGCAAUAAGGACUCCAGUUGUUGAUAGCACAAAAGAGGCACCCACAAAGCUUCACAGCACAUUGCAGGAUCUCCCUGCUGUUUAUAGUGAACUUAUCCUCUGGAGAGUUGAUCCAGUUGGGCCAUUAUCUUUUUCUGGUGGCGUUUCUGAACUUGCACGAAUAAAUUCCCUUCAUGUAUCUGCUUUUUCAAAUGUGGCGUGGCUGCCUACCCUUAUACCUAGUUACUGCUUAGGUGCAUACUGUAACUCACCAAGUGCUUGCUUUGUUGCAAGUGAUGGACAACAUUUGAGACUUUAUCAAGCUAUAAUAGAUGCCAAAAAGCUUCUCUGUGAACUAUCAAAUCCAGGAAUUUCUAAAUACGUUGGGGAAGUUUUCAACAUCGUAAGUCAGCAAUCCACAGCUAGACCAGGAUGCAUUGUAGAGUUGGAUCCCAUUACAGAGCUGCAUGGUGGGAAAAUGCAGUUACUUCAUGUUUUUCGAGAAGAAUUCAUUUUGAAUAGCCCCGAGAAUAGACUACCUGAAAAAAAGACCAUGUUACCUGACUCUGGAUAUCAGAAAAAUGGGUUUUCUGAAAAAUUCUAUUUAAUUGUAAUUGAAUAUACUCAAAACUGCUCUUUAUUACAUAUGUGGAAAUUACACUUGAAGUCCAUGCCAGUUUCAGUUGAGGAAAAGAUUGAUUUGAAGGCAUCAGAAGCAGCAUCACAAGAAGAGCUUUAUUCUUCUCCAGAUCAAGAGAAACGUCAGUGUUCUUUUACAAAGAAAUAUCAAGCCUGCAGAGAGAACCUUCAGAGUACUAGCCAACUUGCUCUUUCUUCAGAAAUUGUCUAUAGUCAAGAAUUGAAUUUACCAGAAGGAGUGAAGAUAAUAAGCAUUAAACCAUCAGCAGGUCAUUUGAGUUCUUCUUCCAUUUAUCCAGUGUGCCGUGCUCCUUAUCUUCUUGCAACUUUGUGCUCAGAUGGUAAGGUUAGGUUUUGGAGGUGUAGAGUGGCAGUGGAGCCAGAUGUGGCUUCUUUACCAGAGAGUACUGAAAACAGUGGUAUGUACAUAUGGGAAGAGUGGCCAUUACUUAUUGAAGAUGGACUUCUUAGUAGUAGUGCUCUUAAUGUGCCGGGCAUGCCUCUUGAAAUUAGCUGUGCGCAUACAAAUCGCUUAGCUGUGGCAUACAAGCGAACACCAUCCAAGAACAAUCGUGCUUCUCAUGACUUUUUGGUGAAUGUUGGCAUUUUUGAAUGUGAAUCUACAGGAGGCUCUUGUUGGAUCUUGGAACAAACGCUUCAUUUAGAUGAACUAAACUUAACAUUGGACUCUUUGGGUGUUGACACUAGUUUAGCAAAAGAUGGGAAUGAGAACUUAACACCAAGAAUAAAGCAUUUGGUUCACUUAGACUGGAUGUCUAGGGAAGAUGGCUCACAUAUACUAACUGUAGGUAUUGGCUCAAAACUCUAUAUGUUUGGUCAGUUGGCUGGGAAGAUACAAGAAGAAAGUGGCAAGGAGAUGUUUGUACUACCAGUGUGGGAAAAUGCUAAAACUUCAUGCACAUGUAGAUUUAUAUUGUUACGAUGUGUAGAUUUAGUUUCAUCUGUAGAAGGCUCACCCCCCUUACCUAUUUCUUUAUCUUGGGUUCGUGAUGGUAUCCUUGUAGUUGGGAUGGAUUGUGAAAUGCAUGUUUAUUCUCAGUGGCAGCCCCUUUCAAAGCAGGAGCCCGUUACUGUAGACUCUUGCAGUGGGAGUACACCAUCCAUAAUAAGCUUAAUGAAACAAAGUCAGUCAUCUGGUGUUCACCCACCAAAGAGAACAUUAACCAGAUCCAUGACCAGUCUUGCUCAGAAACUUAGUGGGAAACGAACUGCAUUUGAUCUGUCACUGGAGAUGGAGGAUUCUGGUCUCUUUGAAGCAGCUCAUUCAUUAUGUCCUACCUUACCUCAGUACCAUCCUCUGCAACUUUUGGAACUCAUGGAUCUAGGAAAAGUACGUAGAGCAAAGGCCAUUCUAUCUCACCUUGUUAAAUGCAUUGCUGGAGAGGUUAUUGCGAUAAAUGAUCCCGAUCAUGAGAAGCGGUACCGAUCUCUCUCAAUCUGUGCUAGUGGGAGCAGUACACGGGACCCUAUGACAUUUAGCAGAUACGCAAUUACAGACUAUACAGAAAUAGACUCUGUUCCACCACUUCCAUUAUAUGCAUUGCUUGCUGCAGAUGAGGAAUGUUCAUAUACAUGUACAGAGAAGUCUAAUAACCAAAGAAACCUUAAGAAACAUGAUGUGACGGAUGAAGACUAUGAAGACCUUUUUCAGAAUUCCAACCUACAUACAGAUGAUUUGACUAUGUUUGAAGUAGAUGAAGAAGAUAAAAAGCCAAAAGUUAUUGAUCUUUCUCAGUACAGCCCAACUUAUUUUGGACCAGAGCAUGCCCAAGUUCUUUCUCGUCAUUUGCUUCACUCUAGCUUACCAGGUCUUACCCGGAUGGAACAGAUGUCAUUGAUGGCGUUGGUUGAUACAAUUGCCAUUACCAGUACUGAUAUAGGAGAAAGCAGAGACAGAAGCAAGGGAGGAGAAACUCUUGAUGAAUGUGGUUUAAAAUUUCUUUUGGCUGUCCGUCUUCACACGUUUAUGACAACUUCGCUGCCACCUGCUCACAGAGCCCAGCUACUUCACCAAGGUUUGUCUUCUAGUCAUUUUGCCUGGGCGUUUCAUUCAGUAGCUGAAGAAGAAUUGCUAAACAUGCUACCUGCAAUGCAGAAAGGUGAUCCAACAUGGUCAGAACUCAGAGCUAUGGGUGUAGGAUGGUGGGUUCGAAAUACCCAUAGUUUGCGCAGAUGCAUUGAGAAGGUCGCUAAAGCAGCUUUUCAAAGACACAAUGACCCGUUAGAUGCAGCCAUUUUUUACCUUGCAAUGAAAAAGAAGGCUGUAAUUUGGGGAUUAUACAGGUCCCUAAAUGAUACUAAGAUGACACAGUUCUUUGGACACAAUUUUACUGAAGACAGAUGGCGUAAAGCAGCAUUGAAGAAUGCUUUUUCUUUACUAGGCAAACAGCGUUUUGAACAUUCUGCAGCAUUUUUCUUGUUGGCUGGUCAUCUAAAAGAUGCAGUUGAGGUAUGCCUAGAAAAACUAAAUGAUAUACAGUUGGCUCUUGUAAUAGCAAGACUUUAUGAGUCAGAGUUUGAAAAAUCUGGGACUUACAAAUCAGUUCUACAGAAGAGAAUUCUGGGAAGUAGAUCUCAUUCCACUGGAAAUCCAUCGAACACACAUUCUGAUCCUUUUCUUCGAAGUAUGGCUUAUUGGAUUUUGGAGAAUUAUAGCCAUGCUCUUGAUACUCUUAUAAGCCAACCCAUUUUGGAUGAGGAAGAUGAAGGAAGCAUCUCAAGCUGUAACCCUUCAGUAUUUAAUUUUUAUAAUUACCUAAGGACCCAUCCUCUCUUGUUGAGACGCCAUUUUGGGUCUUCUGAUUUAUCUUCCACAAGGAUUUGUGUAACAGGAGAAAAUGCACUGGCUGAUGAAAUCAAUUUAGGGGAAAGAAGAUUGUUCUUUACUACAGCAUAUGCUCACCUGAAGGCUGGCUGUCCCAUGUUGGCUUUAGAAGUGUUAUCAAAGAUGCCCAAAGUGGUCAAAAAGUCAAAGACUUUAAGAAGAGCACCAAGUUUAAGGGAUACUAGUAAAGGCUGUUCACCUUCUUCUCCAAUACCGCUGGAAUCAAAAGAUGACAAAUCUGUCAGCAUUGACUGGUCACAACCAGUACUAAAUGGUUUAGGAUCCUCUUCAGAUGGGUCAUCAGACAAAAUUUCAAAUUCUGCUCUUUCGUUGGAUUGGAGUCAACCAACUAUGACCUUUCAGGAUGAGCCUUUGGAACUAAAGUGGGACAGUGACAAAGAUGAGGAAAGUGAAGAUUCUUGUCUUGUAAUGAAACCUUUACAGAAGAUAGUGAGUGAGAAACCAAAUGAAGUUAGUUCUAGUUAUACAGAAACCUACAGUUCAGGUGUUGAAGCUGAUGUUUUAACUUUAUCAGAAGACAUCAUUUCUGCACAGCUGAAAUUUAGGGCAUGUUUGAAGAUUCUUACAGUGGAGCUCCGUACAUUAUCCACUGGCUAUGAAGUAGAUGGUGGAAAAUUAAGAUACCAGCUGUAUCAUUGGCUUGAAAGAGAAGUGGUAGCUCUUCAAAAAACCUGUGACUAUAGUGUUGAAGCAGAAGCUAUUCAGUUAGGAAUUAGCCCAAUAGUGGAUGAAGCUUCAUUAAGUGAAAUGACUGAAGAAAUGUCAGACAUACAACAAAAUGCACAGCAGAGAGAAAACUUCCAGAGAAGGCAGUGGCUUGUAAAAUAUCAAUCACUUUUGCGGAUGUUUCUAAGUUAUUGUAUCCUUCAUGGAUCUCAUGGUGGAGGCUUGGCAUCUGUAAGGAUGGAACUGAUUUUGCUUCUACAAGAAUCUCAGCAGGAACUCCCAAUGCAGUUGCCUACUAAUACUGUAUCUGACCAGAGCUCAGUACCACUUCUAUUUGCCUGUACUGCAAGUGCCAAAACUGUGGUGGCCAAUCCAUUGCUACAUCUUAGUAAUCUGACACAUGACAUUCUACAUGCAAUAGUAAACCUUGAUUCACCACCCCAUCCAGAUACACAGAAUAAUAAGAUACAUGUAAUGCAUACAUUAGCAGCAUCUCUGUCAGCUUGCAUAUACCAGUCUCUCUGUGGAGGUCAUAACUACAGUUCAUUACAAGCAAAUCAAUUUACUGGAACCGUUUAUCAGACAUUGUUGCUCUCUCACCGAAAUUCUCUAAGAACAGCAAGCUCAGAUGAAACAGUAACUCCCAAUACUGCACCAGCUCAGUGGCCAGGAGUAGUGGCUUUAAUACAAUUACUGAGUCAUGCUGGGGAAGAAGCUCAGUCUGGGAUCACAGUUUUGCUCUGUGAAAUUCUGACAGCAGUCUACCUUAGUCUCUUUAUCCAUGGUCUAGCAACACAUUCCAGCAAUGAGUUGUACAGGAUUGUGGCCCAUCCUCUUAAUGACAAGAUGUGGUUUGCUGUGUUUGGUGGAGGAGCAAAGAUUCCCAAGAGAGGACAAAUUCAACAAACAACAAAGUUGGGUAGGCACUUCCCUAUGCCUAGCCCACACCAGGUAGUAGUAUUCUCCAUGGAAUGCGUGGGGUUUACCAAAUCUCUAACAGCCAUCAGUACUCAUAGUCCUACCAAACCUGCAGCUUCUUCUCCUAUAGAUGAUGGUGAGAAGCAACAUAAACGGUUUAGGCUGUCAUCAAAAUCAUCUCCAAAAGAGAGUUCACAGGCUACUUUACCCUCAGCAGAGCAAGACUCUCCAAAUUACAAGGAGAAAUUUAUUCCCCCUGAACUUAGUAUCUGGGACUACUUCAUAGCAAAGCCAUUUCUUCCAUCAUCACAAACUAGAUUUGAAUAUGACUCAGAAGAGAGUCAGGAGAGCAGUGAUGAAGAUGAUGAUGGAGCAUUCUCAUCAGACUUGAAGUUUCAGGAACAUUCGAAUUCAAAUUCAUAUAGUUGGUCACUGAUGCGGUUGGCUAUGGUUCAGCUGGUUCUUCAUAACCUGAAGACUUUCUACCCUUUGGCUGGGCAUGAUCUUUCAGAGCUUCCAGUUAGUUCCCCACUGUGUCAUGCAGUUCUGAAAAUACUUCAGCGCUGGGAGCAAGUUCUUCUCAGACGACUGGAGAUGCAUGGUGGCCCACCAGAAAAUUUCAUUUCUAUUCAUGCUUCGCAAGAUGCAUCUUCUUCAGGCCCUGCACUACUUCGCCACAAAGCCUUGCUGGAACCAACAAAUACCCCUUUCAAUUCUAAAAGUAAUAAUUCACUGUCCGUGAAGAGACUUUGGCAAUAUCUCAUAAAACAAGAAAUGGUUCAAGAAACCUUCAUCAGAAACAUAUUUACAAAGAAGAGAUGCUUAAAUGAGUCAUUAGAAGACCAAAAUGAAAAUAUCAAAAGUACAUCAAUGGAAGAACCUGGAAUCAAUAAGAUAGAAACUGAUAUGGGCUACCCUGGAAGUAAAGCAAGGAUUAUCCAUAAAGAAUCUGACAUUAUUACUGCUUUUGCUGUUAACAAGGCCAACAGGAAUUGCAUUGCAAUAGCUUCAAGUCAUGACAUUCAAGAAUUAGAUGUUUCUGGAAUUCUGGCUACACAGAUCUACACUUGGGUUGAUGAUGACAUAGAAGUGGAAGCUAAAGGAACUGAUGACUUCUUAGUUAUACAUGCUCGUGAUGACUUGGGGAAUAUUCAGGGAUCUACACCUUAUACUCACAGUAAUCCUGGCACACCAAUCAACAUGCCUUGGCUUGGUAGUAUCCAGACUGGCAGAGGUGCCGCUGUGAUGAUCAAGAAGGCUAUCAAUAAUGUCCGCAGAAUGGCUUCCCACCCAACACUACCUUAUUAUUUGACAGGUGCUCAGGAUGGCAGUGUGAGAAUGUUUGAGUGGGGCCAUUCUCAACAAAUUACAUGUUUCCGGUCUGGUGGCAACUCCAGGAUUACACGGAUGAGAUUCAAUUAUCAAGGCAAUAAGUUUGGGAUCGUUGAUGGUGAUGGAUAUAUAAAUCUGUAUCAGACAAACUGGAAACGUUGCCUACAUAAUGGAACCAUACCCAAACCAUACCUGACAUGGCAAUGCCAUAACAAAACAGCCAGUGAUUUUGUUUUCGUCAGUUCUUCAUCUUUGAUCGCCACAGCUGGGCAGUCUACUGAUAACAGAAAUAUUUGUCUGUGGGAUACUUUGGUCGCACCUUCCAGUAGUUUAGUGCAUGCCUUUACCUGUCAUGAUACUGGAGCAACUGUCCUAGCAUAUGCCCCGAAGCAUCAAUUAUUAAUAUCAGGUGGCAGAAAGGGCUAUACCUGUUUAAUAGAUCUUCGCCAAAAGCAGCAACAGCAGUUUUUCCAGAGUCAUGAUUCUCCAGUUAAAGCAAUUGCUGUGGAUCCUACAGAAGAAUAUUUUGUUACAGGAUCUGCAGAAGGAAAUAUAAAGGUAUGGAGUCUGUCUAACUUCAGUCUUCUUCAUACUUUCAUCAAUGAACAUUCUCGACAGUCUAUUUUCAGAAAUCUUGGGACAGGCGUCAUGCAGAUUGAGACAGGACCAGCAAAUCACAUAUUCUCAUGUGGAGCAGAUGGGACUGUAAAGAUGAGAAUUUUGCCUGAUCGAUUUAAGUCAUUUAGUGAAGUGUUGAAAACUGAUGUCAAACUUAUGCUUUAAAGCGGUGUUAAUAAUGGAAUAUAUUUUACAAGCGGCUAACAAAUGUAAAGUAUGUUGAUGGUUGUACAGAUAAUACCACAAUAACAUUUUCUGAUGUUUCUAUUUAUUUCUUGGAGCUUUAGUCCUUGAUGCACUGAUGCCUUAAAGAUUAAUAAGUUCCUUCUGAUUUCGCCUAAAAGCAAUCUGAGACAAUUCAGUAAAUAUUUAUAAAAUGUGUAUUGCUGAACUGUUCUGUGUUUUUAAUUUUGGUAAUGCCUAAUCCCAUGUACGUGAGCGUGGUCUUUUCCAUUUAUUCUCUAAAGACCAUUCCAUAAGGAAGCCUUAUGAUGUUACCUUGCUUAGCCUGAUAAAGAAAACUAUCUGUUGCCAAAUUCCUAGCUAGCUAUGAAUAUGGACUGUAUUUGUGUAAAAUAAGAAAACUCACCUAGGCUGUACUGGGAUUUUAUGGAGGAAGACAUUCUAAUAGUUGAGCCACCAUUGAUACCCAGUUCCUGGGAUUUAAGUUGAUCGCUGUUGCAAUUUGAACUCCUCCUACAGAGGAAGAACUGAAGGAUAAACCUUUUUCUUGGAACUGCCCAUGCUUGAAUGACUGCUAUCAGGAUGGCAGUCUUUUCCUUAAACCAAGAUAUACAGAAUAUAUAUUUUUAACUGAGCCCUGAUUAAAAAUAUGCAAAUAUUGUGUGAAUAUCUCCCUCAUAAAACUGUUUUAAGAAUUAUAUUAAAAAAUUUAAUACAUGAAGCUUUCGUGUUGAUAGAAUGAAGUAUAGGAAUGUGUUGCAUAGGAUACUAAAUGCAAAUCUUUCUUUUAUAAAAUUCUGUAUGUUUAAAGUAUCAGUAAAUUAAAAGAAAAUAGACGAAUAAUGCUAUUUACUCUUUCCAGUGAAUUUGUUUUCAUUUAGCCCAAAGAUGCUGACUUUUCCAGCACCCAGAACAUAGCAUUUAAGCUUUGUAAUUACCUUUCUGAUGCAAACAAAUUUAGAAAAUGUUGCAAAAGGAAAUUACUAUUCUAAUGUGCGAUAUAUACUAUAGAUUUGUACCUGAAAAAAACUGAAGUAAGAGGUUGAGGUUUCUUUUUGCCAAAAUGUAAAAAUAUUAUAUGUUAUCUGUUUUGACCAAAAUAUAAAAAUGCACAAAGCCUUCAACAUUUUGUAUGUGCUAAAACAGCCCAUGUAAUGUAAACUGUUUUAUUACUCUUUUACUUUAGACGUGUAGAAAGCUUGAAAAAUACAUAAAACUAGAUAAGACUGGUUACUCAAAUGCAAGUGAUAUACUUUUUGCUAAAAUAUUUUGUGAAAAACAGUAUAAAUUCAAUUUUAUGUAAAACAAUUUUGUCUGGGAAUGAGUGCUAUAAAUAAAACAAAAAUGAAGGGCUUGUAUAAUGAAUUUUGUAAUAUUCUCAGGACACUUUUAAAACUAAAAUUUUGUAAAUUUUAUAUAAUGUAAUUUUAGCAGAUUUAUUUCGAAACAGUAGUUAAGAGUAUUUUUAAGCACUUAACUUGUAAUUUAAAUUUGUGCAAUAACAUAUACUACUAUUGCAGAGAAGACAUGCAGGGCAGCAUUUUUAAGAACUAGGGUAGCUGUUUGAAUGCAGUGGAUUUUAAUUUCCCUUAUGCAUAAGUGUAAAUGAAUUGAUAUUACAUUGAUCGUAGCCAAAAGUCUAAAGGCACAACGCUAUGAAUGUUUAGAUAGAAAGGAACACCUACAACUCCCAGCAUUCUCCAGCUGACAUUGCUGGUUGAGGAAGGCUGGGACUUGUCGGAGUUUUUUCUGUCUAAACAUGCAUCAGAUUGCACGCUAAAUCUUUAGUCAUAGUGAUAAGGUCACAAUGGCUACUCAGUGUAAAUAGAUCCUACCGUGUUUAAAUUUGUUCUAUGUAUAUUUAGUCACAUGCCUGGAAGGCGUAUGUUUAAUAACAUAAUCCUGAGACAUGUUGCACCAACAAAUAAUUGCUUUAGAAUGGCACGUGACCAUUGUGGGACCAGUACCAAGGCAUCAACAAUGAUGUGCUAAGAUUGUAGGGAAAUUGAUACUGGCAUAACAAACAGUCAGCACAAGUAUUUAGGAAUGGAUUGUGAGUCUUAGUGCUGUGACCAUUUUAAAAUGUAUGUUUUAAAGCUUUGUUUCUAUAAAUACUGUUGACCUUCACAUCUGAAUUCAAAAGACCAAUGUGGAAAGUUACAUUUUAGUAUUUAGAAAACAAAUCCUAAUUUUUCAGUUGCUGAAAUUUCUAUUUUAAGUGCAAGACAGCCAAUUGUACUGAAGCAUUACAAUUGUUACUUGCAACUGAAAUAGUCACUUUUACUUUUAUAUUAAGGAAUUUUAAGGUGGAAAUUUAUAUUUUUAGUAGCAUCAUUUAAUAACCUUUUUUCACUUGCACUUUUAAGUUUGUCAAGAUUCCAAUAUUGUGUAGUAGAGUUCUGCAUUUCUUCUAGAAAAAUGGGGGAAUGAGUGUUUUCAUGAAGAAUGCUCUUAAGCGAAUAACUAAAAUCCUGUAAUAUUGUUAUGUACCUGAACACCCAUGCUUAAAUAAACAGUCAUGCAGAGAUUCAUUCUUCCAAAAUGCCAUAGUUGCUAUGAACUUUAUAUGUAGACACACAUGCUACAGCAUGAAGGACAUUUUAAAGAUAGUAAUAAUUUUACAUGAUUUGCUUUUCCCCUAUUAGUAUCUGAACAGUAAAUUAAAUAUUUGUGCCUCAGGCUUGUGUACUUCUCCCUCACCCUUUGCACAACAAGGGAAGAGUUUAGAACUUUCUGGUUUUAUGAUAAACUGACUUAAGGGAUCAAGGAUCUGAUUUAUCUCUGUUGUAAUUAAUUGAAAAGAGAAACUACAAAAUGCUUAAGCAUUCUAUCUCCAUAAUAUUUUGCCCAUGUCAUAACUUCCAUUUUUUAAACAUAGUUAUAUGCCUUCAACAGUACUAGAGCAGAUUUUUCAGGUUUUGUUAAAAAGAAAGAAAACAAUUUGGGACAUUCCUGUGUUCAAAAUAUACAAAGCACUGCAGGGAUGUCCAAUGGAUCACAGGAGUAAAUGUUUUCUUAGGGUGUAAAUUCUGAUCCAAGUUAGCUUUAUAUUGACACAAGAGUUAACUCUCAUAGUGGAAAUUUGCAACACUUGAUUUCUUAUUUAUAAUGCUGCUGGUGGAAAGGGAGUGCUAAUAAGCUAUUGGGGUAUAUUGGACCCUUUCCAUUAUUUACUAGGAGUCUUAAGGCAUUUUUGUUUUACUUUCUCUACUGUUAACUUUGUGGGGUCCAAUGUGCCCUUAUAGUUUUUGUGUUAGAUUGUUUUUGGAAUCUGAUUACAAUAAAAACUACUUUUUCUGUUAAA